AUGGCCAGUCAGCACGACAACAAUGGUAACUUCAACGAAACCUCCUUCGCCGACGACGGACUCCACAACAAUAAUAAAACAAUAGAUCAUGACCAGGGAGAGAGUGACGCUGCUAUAUUGAUUUCCGAGGCUACUGCUGCGGCUGGGAUGGGGUUGGUUGAGCUUAGGAGGAUUGAAGCUUCCAGGGAAGUUGCUGGAACGCUUGCGAAAUCGCCUAAUGUUACUUAUCUUCCUGGUGGAAACAACAUGAUGAUGGCUCUUAAUCCUGCUGGUUGA